AUGGGCGAGCAUAAUCUCCUGAAUCCCGGGUUUGUGGGGCCGCUGGUGAACAUCCACACGGGAGACACGUUCUACUUCCCCAACUUCCGCGCGUCCGGGGCGCAGCUGCCAGGGCUGCCUUCGCUGUCCUACCCGCGCCGUGACAACGUGUGCUCGCUGCCCUGGCCGUCGGCGGAGCCCUGCAAUGGCUACCCGCAGCCCUAUCUCGGCAGCCCGGUGUCGCUCAACCCGCCCUUUGGCCGCACGUGCGAGCUGGCGCGCGUGGAGGACAGCAAGGGUUACUACCGCGAGCCGUGCGCCGAGGGCGGCGGGGGCCUGAAGCGUGAGGAGCGCGGGCGCGACCCGGGCCCAGGAGUCGGGCCGGGGGCGGCGCUGCUGCCGCUGGAGCCGUCGGGGCCCCCUGCGCUCGGUUUCAAGUACGACUACGCGGCGGGCGGCGGUGGCGGCGACGGGGGCGCGGGACCCCCGCACGACCCGCCCUCGUGCCAGUCACUGGAAUCCGACUCCAGUUCGUCCCUGCUCAACGAGGGCAACAAGGGCGCCGGCGCCGGCGACCCGGGCAGCUUGGUAUCGCCUUUAAACCCCGGCGGCGGGCUCUCGGCCAGCGGCGCGCCCUGGUACCCGAUCCACAGCCGCUCCCGGAAGAAGCGCAAGCCCUAUUCGAAGUUGCAGCUGGCGGAGCUGGAGGGGGAGUUUCUGGUGAACGAGUUCAUCACGCGGCAGCGCCGGAGGGAACUCUCAGACCGCUUGAAUCUUAGUGACCAGCAGGUCAAGAUCUGGUUUCAGAACCGGAGAAUGAAAAAGAAAAGACUUCUGUUGAGGGAGCAAGCUCUCUCCUUCUUUUAG